AAGAAUGUCCUCGGGACGGAGCUCGGUUGCUGCUGCGCUGAUGUCCACGGCAGCGGCAUCGGCACCGGCUUCUACCGGGACGGCUACUGCUCCACCGGUCCGGACGACGCGGGCCGGCACACCGUCUGCAUCGAGGCGACCGAGAAGUUCCUCGCUGUCUCGGCGGCGGUAGGGAACCCGCUCGCCACCAACCCAUAG